AUGCCUGACGACACAUCUAAAACAGCAUCUAUUCCCUCAUGGCAGAGGCCCAAUAAGACGGCCGAGGAGUCGCCAUCGCCGACCUCCGACGAUGCGCCCGCAACUACAGCCACACCUCGACAAACCCUCCUAGACCAAGCAUCCAAAUUUCUAGAAGACGAGUCAAUCCGCGAUGCACCAACAGAGCGCAAAAUCUCAUUCCUCGAGUCGAAAGGCUUGAGCUCAGACGAUAUCGAGCAGGUCCUCGGCGCCUCCCGCAAUGCAGAGACGAGCAGCAGUUCAACCGCACCCAAGGACAAGACACCGGAAGAGACACCAUCUGCCUCGCCCACUCAAUCUGAAGCCACCCCUUCUCCUCCUAGCACCUCCUCGCCACCCUCCAACACCAUGCCUCAAUCGCGCCCAGCACCAGCGCCAACUCCCGCCUCCCGCGACGUCCCCCCAAUAAUCACCUACCCCGAAUUCCUCUUCGAAUCAUCCAAGCCGCCACCACUCGUGACGAUGCGUAGCCUCCUGUACACACUAUACGGCGCCGCAGGCCUAGGAGCAACCCUCUACGGCGCAAGCGAGUACCUCGUGAAACCAAUGCUAGCGAGCCUAACAAGCGCACGGCACGAGCUUGCCAGCACAGCAGAAGUGAAUCUACAAAAGCUAAACGACAAGCUAGAGAAGGCAGUAUCCGUGAUCCCGGCGGAGUUAACGGCGCGCAAGAGCAAGGCCUACAGCGACGAAGAAGACGACGCCUCGUCCAUCACCUCGGACCCAACCGAGCUGUUCCACAGGGACGUCGCAACACAGACGAGUCCAGAGCCAACUCCAGUACCCAGUACUGCUGGCCCGGUGGACUCGGCACCCAUCUCCCCCUCUACGGCGGUCAAUAACCACGUCAGCCGCGUUGAGUCUAUUACCUCGAAGCUGCGCGAGAUCAUCGACUCGGAGAAGGGUGCGAGUACGCUGGAUGACUCGAUGAGUACACGUCUCGCGGAUCUGCAUCGUUAUUGUGACGGGUUGAUUUACAGUGCUCCUGCGUACUCUUCUGGGUCGACGUACGGGGUUUGGAAUACCAAUAACUCGGGCUCGAGUGAAAGCGCUGGUCUGCGGAAGGGGGAGGACGAGGCUAUUGCUGGGUUCAGGGCUGAUAUUCGCGGUGUGAAGGGUGCCUUGUUGAGUGCGCGUAACUUCCCUACUAGUCGGGGUGGACGUCUUCCCAUCGGUGGACGGUGA